UACUUCUAUUUAUCUUAGAUAUAGCGAUAAUAGAACAUGGAGGAGGGAAUUGUAAAGCCUAAAAGUCAACGACAUAGAAGAGUUCUCGAACAAAGAGCUCCCAAGAUAUUUGAAAAUGAUAAAACUGCUCUCUUCAUAAGAGGUGGAAACACGAGCAACAUAAUUACAACUGCUCUGCAAGAACUUCACAUGAUGAAAAAACCCGGUUCAAUUCUUUUCAAGAAACGAAAUAUAAGUCGACCAUUUGAAGAUGCGUCUUCUAUAGAAUUUCUAACAAAAAUGAACGACGCAUCAUUGUUUUUAUUCGGUUCACAUUCAAAGAAAAGGCCGAAUAAUCUUGUCAUUGGUAGAACUUACGAUCGCCAAGUAUUGGAUAUGUUUGAACUUGGAAUCGAAAGUUUCAAAUCGUUCAAGGACUUUUUAGGUGAAAAAUGUGGAAUUGGUGCAAAACCUUGCUUAAUUUUUAAUAGCGAAAAUUUUGAAACUGAUUCAGAACUUCGACGUUUGAAAUCUUUGUUUAUCGAUUUCUUUCGGGGACCAGUUGUUUCCAACGUCACAUUGAAAGGUCUUGAACAUGUCAUGAGUUUUACUGUAGUCGAUGAGAAAAUUUUGUUGCGAAAUUACAAGGUUAAUUUGAAAAAAUCUGGCACAAGAACGCCACGUAUUGAGCUACAGGAAAUGGGACCUAACUUUGAUUUCAUUUUACGGAGAACCAAACUUGCUUCUGAUGACUUGUAUAAGAGAGCAUGUAGAAAACCGAAGGCUGCUAAAGUGUCAAAGGUCAAGAAUAUUUCAAGAGGGAAUCUUGGUGAAAAACGGGGUCGUAUUCAUAUGACAAAGCAGGACAUGGGGUCGUUACAGCUUCGUAAGGUCAAGGCACUGAAACGAAAAUUGCCUACUGCCAAUGAUGGAGACAAAAAAACAAAAACAUCGGACUGAUGAUUAGUAAAUAAUAUUUGUUGAUCAUUUGCAAUAUUAUCUUUCGCAGUGUUCUUGGAUAUAAUUACAUCUCAGAACAAUGGCUCAGAUCAAUUUGAGAUGGGUGGAAACUGCUUAAUAUGUGCAGGACAUAGCUAUUUCAAAAUGUGUUGACUUGAUCCCCAGUGGCAUCAAUGCUUCACAAAUAUAGAUUGCCAUUUUAUCUCUAGAAUCAAGGUUAUUUUGAGAGUAGCCUUGAUACUAGGUUUGUUAAUAAAGACUUUAAUUGUGUGCGCUGAUCUCAAAUCGUAUAUUCCGAUAUUUGGAUGCUCUGAUUCAAAUAAAAUGAUUGGAUAUCUA